AUGAAGUUACCACGACCAGUUCACUUAAUCUUGGAUUGGGAUGGCACCCUAACCCGUAAAGAUACCCUCUCGUUGGUUGGCAGUAUAGCAUAUCACGCCAACUCCUCAAAAUCCCUACCACCAUGGUCAGACUUUGUAAAUGGAUAUAUGAACGACUAUACCGAGCACGCAUCUCGCUAUGAGCCCAUCUCAUCUGCUAGAACCUCGAUCGAUCAAGAACGACAAUGGUUAGCCAGUCUGACACCCAUCGAAAACAAAAGCGUCCAGCGCGUCGAAUCUAGUCGCAUUUUCAAAAGUGUCAAGGCUAGCCAUGUCGACCAUGUCGCUGCUUCCUCUGUCAGCAAUGAUGACUUACAGCUCCGCAGCGAUUGGGAUUCGCUGUUCCAAACUCUGCUCUCCAGCCCGUCCAAUAAGAUCAGCAUCCUAAGUGUGAACUGGAGUGCACGCUUCAUCCGCCAAUCUCUCCUCUCCGCAUCCUCAAGACUUACAUCUCCGGAGAGAGAGGCAUUGUACUCAUAUGUCACGGACAUGAAUAUCGAGGCAAACGAGAUCUCCGACCUCGAGUCUGCACAAGGAAGUGACGGUAGACUGUCCAAAGAUUCCGACACUGGUAUUCGUACUUCCGCAGACAAACUAUCUCAUCUGCCCCUUCGAUGCCAGCGGAAGCUUGAUAUGUGUCCCUUGACGAAAGCAUUAUCAGAACAGCAGGAUGAUCUCGUGGUCUACAUCGGAGAUUCCGCCACCGAUCUCGAAGCGUUACUUGCUGCAGACGUGGGCAUCUGUAUCAGGGACGAUCCCAUGGGAAGCAGUCAACGCGAAUUAUCAGAAACGCUGCAGAGAAUUGGUGUGGACGUUGAGAGUAUUGAUGAGGACAUCGAUUUGAAACGGGUAGCGGACGGACAGAUGGUUGUUUAUUGGACACACGGAUUUAAUAUGGUCGUGAAAGCGCUUUCGAGGUUGGAGAUGUAG